AUGACGGAAAGGCGCGUGUCGGUGCGCGAGCGCGCCCGCGAACUCGAAGCCCUCGCCGCCAGGGAGGCAUCGCCGCAGCUGGCGCACAGGGCGCGCCUGGCCCGCAGGCUGGGGCUAACGCGCGCCGACUCGGAGCCCGAGGGCGGCCGCGCGGGCCCGUGCCACUGCUGCUCGCAGCCGGCCGACGAAUGCCUGUGCAGCGGCGACGGUGGUGGCCGGCUGUUGUCCGUGCCACACGUGCCGCGCAAGAAGGCGUCAGCGCCGGCCAUCACGCCGCUGCGGGGCGCCUCGAGCGGUGGUCUCGUGGCCGACGAGGGCUCGAGCUGCGCCGACAUCCGGAUGGCUUGGGAGGCCCUGUGCGCCGCAGCGGUGCAGGGGCCCGAGGCUAGCGGCGCUAUUUCGGAUGAGCCCCGCGACGAGAAUAGCGCGCCUAUCUUGGGCGCGGCGCAAGGUGACUCGGCGCGGGGCCCCCUGGACGCGAUCCUGCAGUCCCUGGAGGAGAUCUGCAGCCAGCUGGAGGAGGUGCCCGGCGGCCAUGCGGGAGCGCCCGUGAUGCUGCCGGACGCCGGCGAGGCGGCGUCCCGGCUCAACCUGCGCUGCGCCCGCUCGCAGCCCAGCUCGCCCCGUGUCCGCGCCAAGCCCCAACUGCCGGCCUACCUGACGCUGGCCCGGCGUGCCCGCCAUGACGACGCGCUAGAGAUCGAGCAGAUCAAAACGAUACUGGCCUCUAUCGACUUCUCACGCUACCGCAAGAAGCGUGGCACGCUGGUCGACGAGGGUCGCCAGCCCUCCGCCAUGGCAGAGCAGGCAGCCCUGCAGGGGUCCCGGCUGCGGGAGCUGACGGAGAAGCUCAAGAGCCCCGUCGGUGCACCCGGCAGGCCCUCGGAGCCGUGGAACCGAAGGCCCGCCCCAGUGUGCCGCAGCGCUUCCUUCUCGACGUCUGACCUGCCGUCAGUGCCCGCGAUCCCACGCGAGUCUCUGACGCUGCCACGCAAGGCCCCCGCUUCCAGGCCUCUGACGGGACGCGGUGGCGCCAGGGACGCCGCCAGGGUGGCCCUGGACGACGUGGCCAUGUCCAGCCUAUCGCUGGACUCGGCCGUAGAGUCGAUCGUGGAUGAGACCCCAUACCAGCGCGAGGCCUCCCCGCCCGCUGCAGUGGACAAGCGUCGCGCACAGCGCGGCUGUCGCUUCGCGCCCCUGGACGACGACGGCAGCCGCGGGCCGCCGCAGCCCCCCGAGAAGCGGAAGCGGCGCAAGGGGCUGGCGCCCGUCGAGGGCCCCAAGAAGGAGACGGGCCGCUCGCUCACCUACCCGCCGCAGCGCAAGACGGCCGAGCAGGAGCUGGCCUUUGGUUCGGUCGACAGCAACGGCCUCAAGGCGCUCGGCGGAAGACCGGAGAAGCAGCCUAGCGACUUGUCGCUCGCCGACAGCCACUUCUGUCCCAGUGAAGCGCUGGGCGAGGAGACAUUCGGCGACGUGGUGCAGAGCCUGUCCUCGCGGCCCGAGCAGCCCGAGCCGCGCCAGGAGAAGAGCCAGAAGAAGAAACACCUCUCCGACCCAAGCGCCGACAACACGGGCGCCGCCACCGAGCUGUUGCUGGGCGCGUGCUGCCGUAGCGAGCCGCAGCUCUCCUGCCCCGGGGCCCUGCACAAGCGCCAGCAUUCGGGACCCGCCGCGCUGAGCCGCACCCCGGUGCCCGCGCCGCCGCCUCCACCGCCGCCUUUGUCGGACUCGGAGCGUGCCACGUCGGACACCGAGCGCACCUGUAGCCCGCAGCGGCGGUACUCCAAGAAGCGCCUCCGCGGACCCUACGGUGAGAUGCUCGAACAGGAGAUGCGCAAGACCGGCGAGAAGCAGAAGACCGCCUUCUGCGAGGAGCUCAGCUUUCUCCUGCCGAGCGAUAAGUCGCAGACGUCUCCCGCUGUGCCAGCGACGACCCCAGCGACGACAGCAUCGACAACGACGACGACGACUUGUGGUGGUGCCAAGUUGAUCACCACGAACGCACCGACGAUGGCGGCUCGGUCCAGGCCCGCCCACCUGUCCAACAGCCUCUCGCUGGACGACUGCCCAGCUCAAGAGUUCCUCGGCGUCUCUGGAGGCACAAGUGCGGACGAGACUGCCGCCGCCGCAGCCAAGGCCCAACCCGUGUCGUGGUUGACAGCGGCCGGUGGCGGCGGUGGCGACUCCGGUGCGCGAACGACGACUCCCGCGCCGUCACCCGUUCCACCGUCUCCGCAGCUGAGCGGCGGUGCGCCCGAAAGGGUGGUCACCGUCCACCACGAACGCUCCCACAGCAGCCCCGCGACAACGUCGAAUGGUUCGCCCUUGCUCGUCAGAACGGGAUCCUUGCGACGUCAUCAGGAAGCUCCAAGGCUUGCAAGGAAGAUGAACAUCCAGGCGACGCAGCGAAUCAUCUUCCGCAAGAUGCUGCGCGUCCUGUGCACGACGGCUCUGAGGACGAGACGCCGCUUCGAGAAGGCCCGGCGCCUCGUCACCGAAACCCUGACGACCGCGCGUUCGUGCCGUUAG